AUGGAUACCGAACACACAACGCCGACUAAAAGGAGGUCCAAACGAACGGCAGCGAGGCGGAAGCCAGACAAUGAAGCUAUCGAGACAUAUGCGAAGUCUCCUCCGAGCGAUGUGAGCGAGAACGUAACGAGCGACGAGAACGAUCUUAAUCUCGAUGUCGAAGCCUGCCGCGGUUCCCCAACACCCCGACCGAGAGCGCGCGUUGGUAGAAAAGGGCUCAACACGCGCGACCAUGUCGACACUAUCCACGAUGAUUCAGCCAUCUCCAACACGCGAUCCAUAUCUGAAUCCUUGCCUCUGCGGUCAUCCUCUUCUACGUAUGCCCUCGCCAUCGGUGCCGGUGUCCCGGAGCUCCCUCACCCUGCCGAUGUCUCGAGCACCAGGUCACGAAGCCCCAUCAAGGCAAUGGCAGACCUAGGGUUUGCGCAACGGCCCGUCAAGGUUGUGCCACUCGACAAACCUGAACAGGUCCCGAGCGACAUUAGACCUCUUUUCGACGCUAUCCGAGGCUUCAGAUCUGAUAUUAGUAUUGUGCCGUCAGCAGUGGAAGAGCAAUUCAACGCCAAGGUUUCGGCAAUUACACCAUUCGAUCCACCAACCGAGGCGAAGAACAUAUGCCCGACGCCUACAUCGCGGUCACGCCUCCAGCUGCAAUUUGAACUUGAGGUUCUCGGCCAAGUCGUGCAGGAGACGAGCAAAGCCUUGGCAAAUGACCGCGGCGAGGCUCACUGGAACGAGCGUGUCCAUGCGCCAUUGCUCAUUGCUGCCGUAGAGCGUGACCGGCAGAAUACCGAGGCUGAGGGUCGCGUGAGUAUAUUCAACUCGACGCAGGCUUGCAUUGCCGCGAGCUGCAUCCCUAGGCAUGCCCACGGACUGAACUUCCAGGCUAAAAUGGUGGACUACUGCAUGGCCAUCUCCAGCCCGCAGAUCGAACAGGCAGCCCGUGACGCCGUUUCCACUCAAGACCAACGCCGCUUAAGGCUGCGUCGCGUCCAUGGCAUGGGCAGCAGUGCCAGUAGCGCCAGUGCCAGUAGUGCUAGCAGCGCGUCAAAAUCAAACGCCAGCAGCUCAAGAAAGGACAAGCAAUCGCCUCCUCCUCAGUCGAUCAACCACACCGAAUACGACCCUUUCCGUCUACAGCCCAUCACCGUCAGUAUUGAGACUAAGAAACCCGGUGGCGACGAGGAUAUGGCCAGGGCGCAGCUUGGCGUCUGGGUUUCGGCCCACUUCCUGCGCCUACACGAACUCAUAGGACUGAAGCGUCUCGACGUGACUCUCCCGCUUCUCCAAGUCACCGGCAGCACAUGGCAGAUUCUGUUUGCCACAGAAACAGAGCAUGAGAUUGUGAGUCUGGAUCACUCGGUAUUUAUUCUUAGUGAUCUACAGCUAAUCCGCAUCAGCGUAUCUUACAGUCUUUCCGUCUAUCCGGAACGGAUACUCUUCUGGGUUGCUAUCGCGUCACAGCACUGCUGA